UGAUGACAGUGGCAAAAGUUCUGAACUCUCGGCUGGUGGGCAAUCGUCGUUCUGAUUAGCGUCAGUACAGAAAUUGAAAUGUUUAAUCUACGUUGACAACUCUUGCUGCUUGUUUUUGCCCCAUUCCCCAUCGCCGUAUCAAAAAGCAAGAUAAAUAUAAAUUCUAUGUGCAAAUGGGGGGCAAAAGUACGGGUGAUAACGGCCAAUACUGGUUGGGAUGCCUUUCCACCUUCCGAAAACAAGUUUUGCGUAUGUCUGAAGAGGAACUCGUUCGAAACUCAGCACUUUUUAAAUCUAACAGUGGCCCAGCUGGCCAGUUGUCAACCCUGCAUUUUACGCGUUGUGCAACACUGCUUGAUUCGAAUUUAAAAAUGUACAAAGAAAAACGCGCGCUUUGGGAUUUCUCUGUUUGGAAAUUAGGAGUGAGGGAAGUCAUUUAAAAAUAGUGUAUUGUAGCAAGGCAGUGUUGCACUUAUAAAGUUUUCAUAAUCUUCAUAAUUAUGGUUUUUAGGUAAAUAGGUUCUCAAAAAUCUAAAUAUUUUCGGUGUCUUAAUUUUAAACUCGCCAAUUUUCGACCAAUUUAAAAAGUGGGCCAAUGGCACACUGUUUAAUUCGCAAACCAUUUUCGCCAACAGUAGUGGAUGGAACACGGGAAAUUAUUCAUGUACUUACGUCAGUAAUCGGCAUCUUCAGUUCUUCCAGCGGCUUGUCAGCCCCACAAUCUUCAAUUAACCACUACGAGUUGUUCGACAACGGGCGACAAGCAACCGAUUCCGGGUAAUUUUUACAGACUCCCCGGCGGAGUUGCUUACAAAAAGGUAACCUAUGACGGAUGCCCCUUAACAGUCCCAUUUGGCCCUCUGGCACAGCCACAAAGGCGUCGAAAAUUUGGUAUUCCAAAUACAAUAGUGACUCUGUUUUUACAAAUCGAUUGGAUGCGAGCAUGAAAUUCAACUUGGUGCAGACACUGGUCUUCACUUUGUGCCUCAUAAGCGUGCAAAUAUACGGAAUUCAAGAUGCCAGCGGGAAGCGGAUUGUGAGCAAGUAUGAGCGCAUAAUGCAGAUGUAUCCCCAGCUGUCCUCAGGCGCAGGCGAGUCCUCGCAGUGGCGGGCGGCCGAGAAGGACAAUAUGCGACAUCCAUGCAGACGCGACUGUGCGGAUAACCAGCCGAUGACCUGCUACUACUACAUGGUGGUGCACUACGACGAUACGAUGGCGGAGACCUGCAAGCGGUACCUCCAGUCCAAGUUCCGCUUCAAGCUGAAUGGCAAGGAGUACGUGGACGGCAUCACCCUGGCGGACCAGCUGGCGGCGAACGACGACUGCAAGUACGCCGACGGACUGGAGAGCGAGGUGAUGGUGGUCAAUGGCCAACUGCCCGGGAUGAGCAUCGAGGUGUGUCACGGCGACACCGUGGUGGCGGACGUGAUCAACAGCAUGCACGAGACGACGACCAUCCACUGGCACGGGAUGCACCAGCGGCUGACGCCGUUCAUGGACGGGGUGCCCCACGUGACCCAGUACCCGAUCGAGGCGGGCCAGGCCUUUCGUUACCGCUUCGAGGUGGAUCACGGCGGCACCAACUGGUGGCACAGCCACACGGAGCACCAGAGGGCCUUUGGCUUGGCGGGACCGCUGGUGGUGCGAAUGCCACCCAAGCUGAAUCCACAUGCCCAUCUGUACGACUUCGACAUGUCGGAGCACGUGAUCAUGAUCCAGGACUGGGUGCACAACUUUGUGGAGAGCGUGGCCGAGAACAUCCUGAUCAACGGCCGGGGCAGGAACCUGAAGAAGGGCGUCAAGGCCGCCAAGCCGACGCUCUACGCCCACUUUCCGGUGGUCAGGGGCGGGCGCUACCGCUUCCGGGUGAUUUUCAAUGGCGUCUCCAACUGCCCCAUCAGCCUGAGCAUCGACAACCACGACCUGGUAGUGAUCGCCAGCGAUGGCAACGACAUCGAGCCCGUCGAGGUGCAGCGGAUCAUGUUCCACGGCGCGGAGCGCUUUGACUUCGUGCUGCACGCCAACCAGGAGGUGGCCAACUACUGGAUCCGGGUGAAGGGCUACAGCUUCUGCGCCAAGAACCAGCUGCACCAGGAGGCGGUGCUGCACUACCGGGACGCAGAUCCCCGCAAGCUGGACCCGCACACUCUGAGCUACGCCUACGAUGCGCCCGGGAAGACCCUGAACGAGCUGGGCGACGAGGCGGGGGGCAGCAGCAUAUCCCUGGCCACCCUCAAUGCCCAGCGACCGGAACCGGAAGUGCCGCCGGCGGUGACCUUCUACACCAGCAUGAACGCCUUCGAGGUGCGCCAGGGCGAGGGCUUUCGCUUCCAAAUGGACGACAUCAGCUUCAACAUGCCCAAGAUGUCGCUGCUGCAGACCCGCAAUCUGGGCGUGGGCCAGUUCUUCUGCAAUCGCUCCCAGCAGGCGGACCUGGGCUUCAAUUGCCGCCAGCGCCACUGCCAGUGCUCCAACGUCAUCCAGGUGCCGGCCAACCAGCAGGUGGAGUUCGUCGUCUCCAGCCUCUCGAAGACGCCGCAUCCGAUCCACCUGCAUGGCUACACAUUCCGGGUGGUCGGCAUGGGGGUGCUGGGGGAGCAGAAGAUCGGCCAGAUCGAGCAGAUCGACAAGAAGACCCCGCUGCCGCGACGCGGAAAGGGUGCUCCGCUGAAGGACUCGGUGCAAGUGCCCGCCUUCGGCUACACGAUAUUCCGGUUCUACUCCAACAGCCCCGGCUACUGGAUGUUCCACUGCCACAUCUCCCCGCACUCGGAGAAUGGCAUGGCCGCCGUGGUGCGGGUGGGCGAGGAUGUCGAGAUGAAGAUGUGCCCGGUGAGCAACUGCGGGCUGUGCAGUUCAGUGGCCUAGACUCGGUCCUCGUGGAAGCCCAGAGUUGGACCCAAGGCAGUGUCCGGAAAAAUACCUCUUUGUGGGCAAUAAAAGCGUUACCUUUAAGCUGG